UAAAAAAGACAAUUGAUGAAAUGUGAAAAGAAAUAUCUGUACUCAUUUUUUGCACCUUGAACAUGUUCUUUUAAUUUUUCAGGUGGAAAAGAUGACAUCUGUUAUAGAACUGCUUGUGGAAAUUAUGGCUUGCCUAACAGAAAACCAGUAUGAGAUAUUCAAGCAGUUGAUCAGAUAUGAAGUCUACAAAACAUAUAAAUCAUACAACCCUCGUUUGCUGGGGCAGACAAACCAUCAGGACACUGCGUGUGUUACAGUUUCGACUUUUGGCCAAAACUCUGUUGUGAAGACGAUGAAGAUUUUAAAGAAGAUGAACAGAACUGAUCUGGUGCAGAAGUUGUUGGAGACCAGCUCAAGUUUCAAAAAGAAACGCUCAGAUGAACCACGCUCUGUCCUGUUGGAGAAAGCAGCAACAAUUGCAGCUGUUAAAGAGCUGCUUUUGGAAAUCCUGCAUUCUUUAAAUAAUGGGGAGUUCAGGAAAUUCAGGAAGUUUCUGCUGUCGGCCUUUCAAAAGGACUCCAAAGACAUCCCACUUUUAUUGAGAUACUCAAACGACCGUACAAAAAUAUUGGAUGUGAUGGUGCAGACCUACGGGCGACAGUCUGUGGAUGAGACCAGAGAGAUUUUAAAGAAGUUGCACAGAGUUGAUCUCAUGCAGAUGUUUUCAGAGACUAGCUCAGAACCCAAAGUGGAUGAGCAUCAACCUCCAGUCUUUGAAAAAACGGUAAAGGAAGAUGUGGAACAUGUUCUUUCGGAAACAUUGAGUGGUUUGAAAUUUAAGGAGUUUGAGAAAUUUAAGUGGGUGCUGCAGCUCACAUACUUCCAGAGGAGUUUUACACGAAUCCAGUGGCACGACAUGGAGUGGGCAACAACUCCAGAUGAACUGGUGUAUCUGAUGGUGAGGAACCAGCAGCCUGUGGAGGUGACCAAAGAGGUUUUAUUGGACAUGAACAGAACUGAUCUAGUUGAGAGGCUGAUGGGGACAGACUCAGGACUUCAAGAGAAACAUCGGCCUAAACUGCCUCAUCAAAAAUCCACAAGAUCACUUCAUUGGACACUUCGGCAAACAUUGAGAGGCUUAAGAUAUGAAGAGCACAAGCUAUUCAAGCAUCACCUGCUGCAUAUCGCCCAAGAAAAAGGCCUCCCAGCCCCAGAACAACAAAUGAAGAAGGCAGACAGAGAUGAUAUAGUGAUGCUGAUGGUGAACAUCUAUGGCCAACAGUCUGUUGAGCUGACCAAAGACGUUUUAUACAGAAUGAAGAAGACUGAUCUGCUAAAGACGCUCUCAAGGACCAGCUCAGGAUUCAACACUGAGAAGAAACUUCAGCAAAAAGGUCCACAACAUCAGGAAUCAACCAUGACACCGGUCCAUUCACAGCUUUUAGAAACACUGGAAGAAUUAGACCUGGAGAAAUUCAAACAUGUCUUGCUCUACACUAAAAUGAAAGAAGGGCUCCCAAAAAUCCCAAAGGACCAAGUGGAGACCGCAGACAAAGAUGAGAUAGUGAAGCUGAUGGUGGAGAUCUAUGGCCAACGCUGUGUGGAGGUGACAGAGGAUAUUUUAGAGAGAAUGAACAGGACUGAUCUGGUCGGAAAGUUGUCAGAAAGCAGCUCAGUAUCUAAAGGGCCUUUUGGUUGUGUGGAGCCUGACGACUGUGGACAAGAAAUGCCGGACUCUGGUCACUGGACCAAACUUGAUCCUGAAGUGAACAGUACUGAUGGAGAUGAGUCUCCUACAUACAGCCUACAGAGUGAAGUAGGAAACGGUUUUGAAUGCAAUGUCUCCGGCAUUCGCUGGAUCUGUAAGGAUAAGGUCAGCUUUCAGUACAAGUUUUGCUCUUGGGAGGAACACAUUGAGAGGAUGGAAAGCUUGAAAUACUUGCCUGCAGGUCCUCUAAUGAACAUCAAAGUCAUUGCUGGAAAGUUUGAUGAAGUGUACCUGCCACACUGGAUCUGCAUAGACGGCAACACUGACAUAUUAGGAGAGUUUGCCGUCCUCCACAUCGAUGACUGUGGUGAUGUUGUGGAACAAGUUUCCGAGGUCACGCCUUGCCAUGUCCAGUUAGCUGAACCAGUUUUCUCGCCAAAGGGGGUUCUGAUCAGAGUUGGUGCGCGUGUGAAAACACGCUGCAGCGUGUUGAUAUUUAAGAACAACAAAGCAUUCCUCAAGCUCAAUGUUUAUCUGAUCCCGUGUGAUCCUGGUCUUCGACAGGAAAUUCUCAAGAUUGAAUCAACCAACGGAAACAAAGAAAUUCGAAAACCACCUGAAUAUAAGCACUUGAGAAUGAAGGAUCGUUUUAUCCUAUCAACCGAUAUGGAUGGUGCAGCAAUUUGUCCCAAAGAAGUCAAGCUCAAAUAUGAAUUCACCGAUCCACAGUACUUUCAAGUAUGCAUAAGAAAUCCAGACACAGACUUCAUCCUCAAGCUUACAAAAAAAAAAGAGAGUACACCAGUGUGGACCCGCACAAUUGACGAAGAUGAUUACCAAAGCAAUUCCCAUGCACCAGAUGAUUACCAAGGCACUUCCCAUGCACCAGAGGUGCACUUUGUGGAUAAACACCAGUGUGACCUGAAAGCAAGGGUGAACAAUAUUGGACCAAUAUUGGAUAAGCUACUGGAAAAAGGUGUAAUCCGUCAAGAAGUUUAUGAUAAAAUAAGAGAUACCCCAACCACUCAGGAGAAGAUGAGGAAGCUCUUUCGUGGUCCCCUAAAAUCUGGAGGACAAAAAGCAAAAGACGUCUUCUACCAAAUCCUUGAGAAGGAGGAGUCAUAUCUUGUGGAUGAUCUCAAGAGGAAGGAGUCUGGAGCGGGAGCAAUCUGGAAUUAAGUGUCUUGUCCAAGUACUCAUCGGACUUGUUGCUCAGGAGCUGCGGAUCGAACCGGUUGAGAGAAGACCGUCUCUACCAAUGAACCACAUUCGGGAAAAGAAAAGUGUUUUUUGCCAGUGACCAAAAGACUGCAUAUCACAUUUCAAUACAAGGCUUCAGAUUUAAUUAAGGACAUACAAUGAAAGAUGGCUGAGUUAUCUUUCAGAAAACUGAAGCUAUAAUCAGCUGUCUCUCCGCAAACACAGCAAGACUCCUUCAUACUAAAAAAAAAGUAUAUUCAAAUGUAGUGUUGUAGUCAUGACCGCUCUAACCGAGACCAAGAAAUACCCGAGACGAGAAUACUCCGAGACCGAGAAGAACAAGACAUUUAAGGAUCGAGACUGAGUCCAUAACCAAGACCAAGGCAGGUCGAGACCGAGACAAGAACUCGACCAUAAAUAUCAAUGAAAAAUCAUUAUCUUGUGUGCAGGGGGACAUGCCACUAAUUUAGACCGUUACACUGGGAAGGUCUGGAGUCCGCCUUGUCUGAUACCGAGACAAGACCGAGCCAAAAUGCUUGCGAUUCCUACACGAGAUCAAGACCUCUACCGUUCAAGUAAUACAACACUGUUCAUAUGUAUAUCCACAUUUUAACCUUCCACGAUUCUGCAUAUAGAACCUUGUUUUUAAAAUUUUUGGAACAAAUAAUAAUUUUUUUAAUGAA